GUCACUCAGCAUACAACCCUGUUGAGAGAAGUAUGGCAUCUCUUUUAACAAAACUUGCAGGCAUAGUCCUGCCUGUUAACAAACAUAGCACCUAUCUUGACUCGCAGAGCAAAGACAAUAUAUUCGGAAAACUAGUUAUAACUGAAUAUGUUGAUAUAGAAAAUGUAAAGAAAUGUAAUGAUAUCAAAUAUUGCUCCUCUAAGCAAUGCGAGAAAGCCGCUAGCCUUCUUGCUUCAAAUGAUAGUUUUCUUCCCUCUCUUGUAAUAGAGAAAGACAGCCAUUAUAUUAAUUCAAUACAUCUAUUAGAGUACCUUGAUAAACCAAAAAUACUGGG